AAGGGCGCAGUCCUGAGUUAAUGCAAGGGCCCAUCUUGGGUGGAAGCAGCGUGAAGCCCCCGAUAAAGCCUGGUGUGACUGUCCCAAAACAGCAGCUGGGCGAUCUUCACGAAGAGGCUGAGUCGUCUCAGCCUCCGGUAAUACAGGACAGAACCACCCUGGGGGGCAGAAUUCUUAACCCACUUUGCUAAUCUCCGACAUCAACAAGGGGCAGAUCCACACCACGAAAGCACAUCCACCACACAUUUAAAGCCCGGUUACAUCCCCCAAACAGUCCCGGGAGCUGUAGUUUCCUGGCCUGAAGCUACCGUUCCUAGCACCCUUGACAAACUACAGUUCCCAGGAUUCUUUGGCGCAAGUCGUGUGCUUCAAAUGUGUGCUGGAUGUGUUUUAAAUGUAUGGUGUGGAUCUGUGCAAGGUCUGUUAGAUGCAAGCCCAAUGCCAAAGACUGGGGACAAAUUUGUACGGGAGACCAACAUGAGAUAGUGACAGUGCGUGGAUGGAAAGAAUAGAGAUAGGGUAGCUGGAAUGGGGUGGCAGAGUUACAAAAAUAUAUUUGCAAGUGCUUGUUGCUUGCUAAGUAGUCUGUGAAACUGCUUCAGUAAGACGUUUGCUCUGUACAAAUCCCCCAAGCCUUGCCUCAUCAAGACCUCUUCACUUCCUUGAGUUCCCUUUUAUUUUUUUGUAUUUUGGUGGGGGUAUGGCUGGGUGAUCAUUAUAUGCAUUUAUCCAAAGUUUCUACAACUGGAAUAAAUUAUUCCUAUCACCAGCAAAGGGAAUAUUUCAUAUCGCAAAGGGGUGGGCAGAGGGUGCCCAAUUAGAUGCAGUUGCAACCAUAGGAUUGCAGCCACUGCAACAGCAGUUGCACUGCAGCUGUGGACACAUGCAUCAUAGUCUAUGACUGCCAAGUGAGAAAGAAAUACUUUUGACAUUCCCAGAGGAACAAAGCUUUCUCACAAGAGACGCAUUAGUCCUGCACUCAUAGAGGAACAUUCAUUGUCCUUAGCAACGGACCAUGCUUUCUGCAGGAGGCUGACCUGUCAUGUUGACAACUAUCAUUGUAUAGGAUCUACUGUAUUCAAAAAUUCCUAAAUUUUCCAAUUCUGGAGAAACUGGGGUGUACAUAAGGGUAGCUGUAUACUGAUGGUCAGUGAAUGCUAGCAGGGAAGAGAAUCCAAAUUACACCUGCUGGUCUCAACCGCCUCACAUUCACUGAAAGUCUGAAUUUGUACAUGCUGUACAGACACAGACUCUGUACAGACAGUCAGAGAUCCUGCCUGCCUUUUGCAGAUUUUCUGAUUGUGCAAAAGAUAGCUUGUCAGCCUUCACCUAGAAAGCACAACUACAAUGGUGUAUUGGACAUGGUCAAGGGUGCAUUCUUUUCGUGAGUGAUGAUAAUGGAUGGGCCCAACAGCUGUGGACAGCACCUUAGAUGCACUGAUAAUGCACUCUAGAAAUCUGCACAAUGUUCAGGGACUUCAUAACGGGCACACAGAAGUUCAUUACCAGACAAAUUCAGCAGGGGGAGGAUUCCCCAACAGUAGAAAUGUAAAAUCCACAAUUAUAUAGCUACUAUUACACAAGGUUAUAAAAUACAAAGUGAUUUAGUGAAAUGAGUAAGAACUCAAAUGUAAUAUUUUUCAGUAAAAGGUUAUGUGCUUUUCUUGUGUGGUACUGCCUGCCUUCUGUUUUUCAACAUUAUUAUAGCACCACACAAGUUUAUAGGUUAAAGAAGAACUUUGACCAAAGGGUUGUUUCAAUGGGUAAUUGCAAUGUGUUUUCCCACACUUAACAGAGAAGGUUGCUAUUUUUUCUAACAGGCACAGGAAUUAUGCCACAAACAGACAAACAAGUAUGCAUCCCUCCGGAGCUUCCAGAUUUGUUGAAGCAGUUUACAAAAGCUGCCAUUCGGACACAGCCUCCAGAUCUGAUCCAAUGGUCUUCUGAGUAAGUUUAAUAUUUUACUCUAAAAAACUGUAUCCUUAAAACUGAUACUAUAUUUAAUAGUUUAUAGGUUUACUUGUGGAAUUCUAUGUUUAUGGCACUUUCCCGAUACUUUUUGAGAACACACAUUUUUCAGGCCAAGAUGGGUAGCAAUUAUUUGGUAUCAGGAAUUAAUGCAGCUUUCAUUAAAGAAUGACCAGUACCAUUUUAUGAAGAACUGCCCUAUGCUUGCCACAGGGAACCCUGGGUGGAAUAAGUUCAGGGAGCAAAAUAUCCCUCAAGACACCCUAGGCUACAGUAAAUAACAAAUCCAGAGAAAAUACAUCCCCUGAAACCUAAAGGAAUAUAGACCAACAGUCACACAUGACUUUCAUUUUCUCAUGUGCAACAUUUUCAAGCGGUUUUUGCAAACCAAAAACCAAAAACACCAAGAUCAAUGUGGGUGGGAGUAUUGCAAAACUGUAGUAUGUGAACAAAAACUGCUAUCACUGUCAUAGCCAAUUAAUGAAAACUCUACUACCCAGCAUACAUAAGCACUACCCGCCUCGGUGAACAAACAACCACAUUUCAAAUUAAGCAUAAAUAAUAGCUCAGGCUGCAGUCCUAACUCCUGGCCAGCAGUGGUAGAGUUUGAUGGAGAAGCACAGCCAGUGGCACAUCACCAGCCUAAUGCAAAGAGACUACAAUCAGGCCUGUUGCUCUCAUGCGAUGCCCCCUCCUAUUAUCAGCUACCACCAUGACAAGUGGGGGGAAGCUUUGACCCUCCAGAUGUUGUCGAACUCCAGCCAGUCCCAGCCACAAUAGUCAAUGGUCAGAGAUAAUGAGAGUUCCAGGCCAACAAUAUUCAGAAGGUUAGGCUUCCCACCCUUAUACAGUGGUACCUUGGUAGUCUCCUGCAGCCAAUCAGUAGCUGUGCCUUGGUUUUCAAACGGUUUUGAGAGUCGAACAGACUCCCAGAACAGAUUAAGUUUGAGAACCAAGGUACCACUGUAUUACAAUAUCCCACCUUUCCUCGUUGUAGGAAGGCAGCUUACAUAGUUUCCAGGCUGUCCCCUAUCCAUCACUAACCAGAACUGAGCUGCUAAAUUUCAAUAAGGAUGCUGUGUCAUGUGCCUUCAAGCUAUGUCCUUUUGAUAUGCGUACUUUAUGAGUUUUCACUGUUGAGCUUUAAUAUGUCAUUCAUAAACUUGAAAAUAAAUAGCCAAGUUCUAGUCACACUUUUUGUUAACAUAUUUUGCUAAAAUGCAAACGCCUGCUGUUUUCUUUCUGUCUAGCUAUUUUAAUGCUAUGGCCCGUGGAGAGAAUCCUCCUGUAAGAGAACGACCAGAUAGAGUCCCUUUAUCAAACUGUGCAGAGCUUACACCAGAGCUCUUGAAGGUCUUACACCAGAGAGUAAGAAACAUCUCCUUUCCAUUUUGGGGCAAGUACAUAAGAGGCUUGAGUGUUUGUACUCUACUAUUUCAUAUUGGUUUUGGACACGGUUCCAGUUAAUUGCCUCCAGUCUUAUAUCUGCUACUUUUUGUUCACAUUGUAAGAUGCAUGCAGACAGAAUAUAACUAUUACAAGAUGUCAAGGUUAUAAGACUUCUGCCAAAGUACGAAGACUAUUUAAAAGAUUAUUGCUCUUCAUAAUUCCUUUACUUUUAUUACAUUCAAGCCUAGUUCCAAAACCAUCCUGAUACACAUAGGGAAGCAAUAAUUUGUGCACACUCUAAUUUUAAACACUGACUUCAUUUGCACCUCAUGAUAAACAACAAUUCAUGUAUUACUCUGAAUGUGCCAAUCUGAGCUGCUUUGCUCCUCUCUGGGAAGAAAUAAACCAUAGCUUAACAUUACAUGCAAACCAGAGAUCAUGGUUUGUUUUGUUCCAAGCAAACCACAGUCUGCAACCAAAGUUUGUACUUAGCAUAUUGAUUGUGGUUUGUUUGGAGCACUACAAACCACAACCCUGGUUUGGACAUAAUGCUAAGCCAGGAAUUGUGGUUUGUUUCCCUUGCAUGCCAGGGAGAAGCAAAGCAACCCAGAUGGUCAUGUUUAUAGUAAGUCAUCAGUUAUAGUUCACCACCCUGUGAGAACUCAAACAAUGAAUAAAGAUGACAACUUACAAAGUAGUAACUUGCUUGUCACUCUCUGCAUGCAACCACAUAAGAAGCAAGCCAUCUAUACUAGGACUUGGGGAUUUCUAUCUGGCCCUCAGGUUUCUCCACAGGCCACUCCACCCACUUUUGCAUUGGUCCUGCCCACUGCUAGCAUGUGGCCCUCAGAAGAUUGCCUAAAAGGGAAUUGAAAAGGGUUCCCUACCCAUUAUCUAUACCAUCCUCUCAAAUGUUCUCAUCCCCUUGUUACACAGAAGAAAAUGGAGAAUCAGCAUGAUAAAGUUCUCUUCAGCAGCAUGACCAGCUUCUUUCUGUAACUGUAAGCACAAUGCAAUACAAUCAAUUACUCCAAUGUUUAGUUCAUCAAUACCCAGUUAUAUCCCGGCAUAGAAGCCAACUCCAGGGGACCGUGGGUGCUUGGGCACCCACAUUAAUAUAAUUGUGGGGGCUGAGCACCCACAAAGUCAAUGAGCAAAGCUGGAGACAGGCAGCCAGCUAGCCUCUGUGGUGCUGCCUCAGAGAGAGAAGCAGUUCAGCUCCACCCUGCACAGUCAGCAAGUGAGGCACCCUUUUCCAGUGUGGGGGUUCGGACAUGGAGGCAGUCUCUCUGCUUCUGAGUCCAUGCCCCUCCCUGCAGAAAAGGAGGAAGAGGAGCAGCCGAUGCUGCAACAUGGACGUGCAACAUCACAUACACAUGCUUGCACGUGGUGCAUGUGAUGUCACACACACAACAUGCAAUGUCGUGUUCAUUUUUGGAGGAGCCCACAUUACAGCGAUGGGCAUCCACAAUCCUGAGGGUGAGAUGCCGCCCCUGUAGCCCAAGUAUUAUUUCUACAAAUUAGCUGAAAAAAUGCACAACUGGGCUUUAUGAUUAGAACAUGCACAUCUUUUCAUAUGUACUCCGAAUCAAUAUCUGUAGCUUUUCAUGCAAAAUUUUAAUACCACCAGCAGCAUGGCAAGCUUUGAAUUUCUUCACAAAAAUACUAACCAACCAUAACUGCUCAGUUAUUGUACCAAUAUGGGUUAAAUGGAUCCCAUUUUUGUGUUUUUAAGCCUUUCAUUUUGAGCAGAGAACAGAUGGAAGAGGAUGUAUUAUUUAGGAAGACAGCGGGUAUACACCACCACAGGAUUUAGGAUCCAGUUAGUGAUGCACAGUGCUUCUGUGCUAGUACUGUUUCUCCAUUUUCUCCCACAAUGUAUUUACACAAGAUAAGUUCCUUACUCCAGAAACAACAACUUGAAUUUUAGGUUGUUAGUAUCUUCACAUCAGCACAGCACUGACACCUGCACAUUUGAUGUUGGCUCCUAUUCACUGGAAUUUGAUUUCAGUCCUAAUAAACUAUGGGUCAUUUUCAACUAGGUUUUUGGGCCAGCAGGGUGCACCACAAUGAGUCCCACUAGCACAAUGGGACUUACUCCCCCUCUUCCCCCUGCACCCUCCUCGAAUCCCUAGAACAGUGUGCAGGGUGGGGGAUGAGAUGGGAGAUGAAUUUGUUUGGCCAGCAGAAAUGCUUGUGGUGAUGGAAAGAUCAUUUUAGCACUACCUAUAAUAUUUUAUAGCCCUGGAGUACACUUUAGAGUGGCUGAGAAAUAUACAGCAGUUUAUUAAUUCAAGUGGCAGAUUCGAAGUCAUGAAGAUUCUACAGGUGUCUGUGAUUGACAACUUGCAGCUCAAAUAAUCCCUAGAAACUUUAGUACUUGUGUGCCCGUGAGAAAUCAGGCUCCAAAAGCAGACGUGCAUCCCAAAUGCAGGUGCUCACUCAAAUGUAUAACCAAAUGUGCACUCCUCUGAAAACUAUGGUGUGCAGAGAUAUUGCUUCUCCAUUCAAGCACACGCCUAUCUUACCCCCAGUUACCAAUCUGGGAAGCACCCUGCUUACCUUUGCUUUGUGCUUCCUAGGUACAAGUCUGGGCUUUCCAAGUCUGUGUUCAAGUGGUUACUUAUUUAUUAUUUUCGGCCCUGAUGCUUUCCCCAGAAAAACCCAUAUUUUAGCACUGGAUUGGAACAAACGGCAAGCAGGUUUUCUGCAGAUUGCUGUUUGUUCUGAUUCAGUGGUAAAACAAGGGUUUUCCUGGGGAAAGCCCUGGGACAAAAAACACUCAGAUAUGAACCUGAAAAGCCCAGAAAGCACAAAGCAACUGGAAGUGUGGAUAAACCCUGAAAGGACAAAUGCCACCUGACAAUUCAAAGGAUCUAGAAAAGGGGAAGUGAUCUGGGAGAUUUGUACACAUUUAAACACAUUUCAGGCCUCCAGUUGAAAGACAACUGCUUGCUUCCCUUCAGCUGACUCUAGAGAGCUGAGAGCUAUCACUAGUGCCCUGCUUUCUGCUCCAACAUGAAUAGACAGCAUGUGGAUAGCACACAUGUGCAUCCCUGUGUUCUUUCUUGUUCUGGGGUACAAAGGUCUUUUUCAAAAUAUAUUGUUGUUUAGUCGUGUCCAACUCUUUGUGACCCCAUGGACCAGAGCACGCCAGGUACCACUCCCGCAGUUUGGUCAAACUCAUGUUGGUAGCUUCGAGAACAAAAUAUAUACUCCUGCAUAUCUAGGGCAUUCUCCCCUGUGUGUAUGAAUUCAUUCCUAUAUUCUUCUUGUGCCCACAAUGACACUCAAAAGCAGACACAGCAUACCAACUUCAUUAACUGGGUGGGUGAUAAUAUCCCCAAAAUAGACAUCCCAGUGUUAGUGGCAUCAUUUAUUCCCAAGUGGACAGCGGCAACAUAUUGUUCCAAAGCCCCUGCCUGCUUUUCUACAUUGAAUUCAGGCCCAUUCAAGAUCCACAUGACCCUCAUCUGCCUGGUCUUCUUCUUUGGGACACUUAAUACAUAAGGAAAACCUAGAAUUGCUUCUACAGAUUGCACAGCCUGCACAAGAAACAGAGAGCUAUAGAUGCAAAAGCCCAACAUCAUAAUUAAACCUUUUCCAGAAAUACUAUUUCCCAAGGUUAUGGUUGUAUACUAAGGCUGUAAUCCUAAAUAUGCUUACUCAGAAGUAGAGCUUACGUUUGAGUAAACAUGUUCAGGACAGUGCUGCACAACUCGCAGUGAAGGGUUUAAAACAACACACUUUAGGGCAGUAGACCUGCUGUGGACACCUCUUAAAACUGUGCCAUGUCAUUAAUUUUUCAACAGCUGCAUAUUGAAUAUUAAAACAGCAAAAUGGUGGAAUAAUCUCAAAGCACACGGACAAUCAGUGCAGUCUCACAAACUUAUUUCUUAAAUAUUUGCUACUAUGAGUUCAAGCACCAUCUACUAAAUUUGGAAUGAACACAGCGAGUGAGACCCCUUGCAGCUUUUGAGAGAAAGGCUGGAAUAUAAAUCUAAUCAAUCAAUCAAUCAAUCAAUCAAUAAGAUAUGGAAGCAUUAGCAUAUUAUCCAGCAGUGGGGUCCUAAGAUAUAAGAUAUAGUUUUCCCCUGCCAAAAAAAGUGGACUGGGUAAGUCCAUUUUCUCCUUCUUGCACAGUAGGAAUCUGCAGUAAAAGCAGCAGCCCUGUACUUGUUUUUGCAAGUUUAGAAUCAAACAAUGUAUAUGUUAUAUACUAUAUAUAUGUAUGUAUAUAGUAUAUGGUGUAGCCAUAUACUAGACUAGAAGCAGAAGGUGAAUUAGUUCUUGGUGCAGCUGCACCACACCAGUACCUGCACCCUCAGCCUUUUCCAGCCUAGUAGAUGUCAAGUCAGUAUAACAGCAGUUUGAAUGUCACCUGGUCCAUUUUCAAAAGAUCUACAUUAGGUUUGUGUAUGUCACCUCAUAAUUAAGGCUCAGUCUCGGUACCAGACAUUUAUGUAUUAAUAUAUUGAUAAACUGGCAUUUACAAAUAAGCAAGGAUACCCUGCCCCAUCACAGAACUGAGAAGAUGCAGACAUGAUUACAUCCUACUUAUUUUUUGGGAGGAGUACAACAAGAUAUCAUGGUGCAAAGCAGUACCACAGUUAAUACAAACUCAGCACAACAUUUUCUAAAACAAGUUAGUACAUGCCUGUGGCAUUUCUGUCUCAUUCUUUGCCUGGACACUUAAAGUAAAAAAUAUCAAAGCAGCAACAUACUCCUUCUUACAAAGAACAGAGCAAGGAUUCAACCAACAUCCCAAUCUGCUUAGCUGUAUCUUAGUUCUGUGAUCUCGUACAUUUUUAUUUAUUUUUACUGAUUCUACAAAGCAAACAGAAUGCUUACCAUCUCUGAAAUUUGUACGAUUAGGAAGGAAUUCCUGGCACUAAAGCAGGUGACGAGAUCUAGAGAAAAACAAAAAAACUGCAGUCAUUUAUUCACUUAUGAUAGAUAUUGCCAAUAUUUCUUUCCAGGUGGGCGGGAGGCUGAUAAUCCACGUAGAUGAGCUAGCCCAGAUGUGGAAGGUGCUCAAUCUUCCUACAGACCUAUUUGACAGUAUUAUGAACGUUGGACACUUUACUGAAGAAAUUGAAUGGCUCAAGUUUUUAGCCCUGGCCUGCAGCUCUCUUGGAGUUGUAAGUUCCUUUUCUUUUGAAUUUCCAAUAUGUUUAGAUUCCUUAAAUAAUUAGUAUUUACUUUUAGUGGGUCUAUGUCAUGUGGAUUAUUAUUAAGAGCUCGUAGUUUCACUCAGGAAGCAGUGAAUGGCAGAACCAGCUGCCACCUAAUGGGCCUUACUGUAGCAGCCUCCCUUCCUGUAUUUUUUGCAGCACCAGAACAGAAGGAAAGCGAGAACAACAACCACAACUUAUUGGACUGUUGUAUGAAGGUAUUGCCUGGGUUAAUGGCUGCCCAUUUGUUCCUAAUAUGGCCUUCCAGGUCUGCUUGUACACACAGAGCAGAAAGAGCUGGGAAAGAGGCUAUAGAUUUCAGAAGUGGUAGUAGAUGGGUACCAUUUCAGGUGUAGGGGGAAUCACUUUUUAACAAAUAUUCUGCUGCGAGUUUUUAAAAAUACAAGUUGAAAAGUAGCACAGCAAGGAGCAGGCCACUAAAGUACUUUGGCCCUCAGAGUCCUAAUUUCUUCUUACUGUGAAUGGCAAUUCUAAACAUCAAUUUGAAUUGAUACAAUCCACUGUACAAUCCCCCCAAGCUUGGAUUCUACCACUGUAUUCUGCUGUGUGUGAAGAAUUAAAAGGGCAGAGGACAUUUUCACAUUGCAGUAAAUCUGGUGCUGUUGGGAGGGUCGCCAUUAGUGGCCGAGUUGUCCUAUUCCCUACACUGUACCUAAUUUCUGUUCUCUUCCUACCAUGAGGAAACCCACAUCAUAUAAGCUUUGUAAAAGCCGUUCUGCCUUAAGAUAGUUCACCAGCUAACAGCUACAGUCUCCACCCUUUCUCCCCCUCUUUUCCAUGGCAACUGCACAGUUUCAAUACUGGAUUUUGUUACACCAUAUUUGUCUGGUGGGCUCUCUUUUGGAUGAAUCACAAGUAAUACCUAUCUCCCUUAAUAGCCUAGAUUUAAAAAACAACAACAACCCAAUCUUUACUUUUGCAAUCUGAAUUAUUAAAUUGGACCAACAUAAGAUAAUAUUGUGUGGAUAUUUAGGCCUCUCCCUCAUUCAUGAACUUAAACAUAUUCCACAGAUAUUGCUUUUACAUGUAACAAAGGGAGGUUGCAAAUUUACAAGGAAUAAAGCUGGAUUGAUAUAACGUCCAGCUAAUCAUGGGUUGCCACAUUCUCACAACAUGGUAGAAGCCCUAAGAAUCCCACUGUUGCAGCUGUCCUGAUGGCAGCUAUUAUCUGCGGAAGUGCAUCUAAUGCUAUAAAGACGCUUAGCAGUGUGGGUUAACAUUACUCUUCAUAUGACCACUGAUUGUAUUAAUAUAGGCUGAUUAAUGUAUCUCUCAGAAUGAACUGUUGUCAUCUUGCAUCCAAAACUUUAUCAUAAUCCAUUGUAUUUUCUGUUUCUCUCUCCUGCCCUUUAGCCUGUUUUACUAGGGGCACCAUUUAUGAAUCUGGCUUUUUGUGUUUGUGAAUUUGUCUGUUCCUGCAGUCUUCUUCCUCACCUGAAGUCAUAAUCUUAUAUUUAUAACAUUACAGUUAGCAGCUGUGGAGAUAAUUCUGAUUUCAGAGAAGAUUUUGACUUCAGGUGAGCAAAAGAUAAAAAGCAGACAGAGCUAAUAGAUAUUGUUUUUUUUUGUUCAUCAGGAAACAGCCAUUUACCAAAACAGAGCAACUCAAACUUUCCUAGAGAAUAUCUCCUUAUGUACAAUGUUGUGCAUUAAUGUAUUACUGUUAUUGUUACUAUAAAGUGCCAAUAUAUAUAAUUUUUAAGAGAGUAUAUAAAGCCGAAUGUAUAUAGUAAUUGGCUGCACUUUAACGGAUAUUAAAGUGUGCUUAAUCUCACUGAAAUCAUUAGUAUCACAGUAACUCUGCCCUGUGGCCACUGUUCUUUGAUACAUCUUAGCACAUUAAAACUAAACUGCAUUUUUGGUGUGGCUUUCCAUCAUAAUAGAGAUGUUUAUCAAGAAACACCUACCUUAAAAAUUUAGGCUUCACAUGAUUUGUACAAGGCCCUCCACUCCCUUAUUAUCCUCCUCACAAUAACCCUGUGAGGUAAGACUAGGCCAGGAAAUCAUGAUGGCCCAAACUCACCUCAGACCGUCAUAAUUGUGUGGAGAUUUGAACCUGGCAUUCCCCUAUUCUAAUCACUACACCAUAAACCACCACAGCAUAGCGGUUUUAUCCAGAACUAUACUUACCACCUAACUAUAAUUCUCAGGACUUCUGGCAAAGAAGCUGUGACUGUUUAGUUGAGUCACAUAAAUAAACAGUUGCUCACUCUUCUGUUUAUGGCAGGGGUAGCCAAUGGGGGCCCCCCCAGACAUUUGGCCAGCAACUCUCACCAUCCCUGAACAUUUCCCAACUGAGCAGGGCUGAAGGGAGUUGGGUCACAGCAUCUGGAGGACACCAUAAUAGCUAUCCCUGCUUUAUGGCUUUAUAGCCAGACACUGAGCUAUUUCUUUUUUAGUAUUUCUAGAAAUGCAUAAUAACUAGUUGCUUUAUUAUGAAUGGCAAACUUAGAUACUAAUUCUUCUUAUCUUUUUAAUAGACUAUUGCAAAAACUCUGAAGAUAAUAUGUGAGGUUUUAUCCAAUGAGAAUGACAGUGGACCCGCCCGUAUCCCCUUCAGCACUUUCCAGUUUCUCUACACUUACAUCGCUGAAGUAGAUGGGGAGAUUUCAGCAUCUCAUGUUAGUCGAAUGCUGAAUUAUAUUGAGCAGGAGAUGUAAGUAACCACAGUAUAUCUAAUACAUACAGCUAACGUAAAUGUCAAGGCGUGUGGCUAUUUGCAUCAUAGGUUUUACCCUCUUGUAUGGUAUUGAAGUGCAGUAGUUUUUACCGCUGUAGGGACAGAUAUUGCUAAGUUCUAGGGCCAGUUUGUUCACAGGACAGGACAUCCUCACAUUAAACAGAAUAAUCAGGACUGGAAAAAAUCCCAGUUUGAUAUACCAUGUCUCUAAAAACUUGGGAUUGUGUCCAGUUGGAAGCCCCAUCAAGGAAUUCAAGCUGGUAUACAUGUUUCUCCCCCUCCCCAUUUUAUCCUCACAACUCUGUGAGGCAAUGACUGACCCAAGGUCACCCAAUGAGCUUCAUGACUUGAGUGGGGAUUUGAAUCCUGGUCCACCAUGCCCCAGUCCACCACUCUAACCACUAUACCUGUUGACUCUGAUACUUAAGAAUUUAAAAUAUUUUUCCAUGCCCAGUGUGGUUGCGGGGUCUCUUUAGAAAUCUUUUGAUCAUAAUCCCUGAUUUAUUAUAGUUAACACUACUGUCAUGGCCACUGAUAGCAAGAAUUGCUUAUUUAUGCAUACAUUUUAAAUCCCAACUUUCCUAUCCCCUUUGGCUCUAUCUUGGGAAAAGUGUUUUGCGUCAUAGCAUCCUGUACAGUGGUGCCUCGCAAGACGAAAUUAAUCCGUUCCACGAGAGUCUUCGUCUAGCGGUUUUUUUGUCUUGCGAAGCAAGCCCAUUGACGGAUUAGCGCUAUUAGCGCUAUUAGCGGUUUAGCGGCUAUUAAAGGCUUAAAGGCUUGGGGAUUAGCUGCUAAAAGGCUAUUAAAGGCUAUUAAAGGCUUAGCAGAUUAGAUAAAGGGGGGGAAAAGCGAAAAAAAAAAAUCUCAAGACUCGCAAGGUAUUUUCGUCUUGCGAAGCAAGCCCAUAGGGGAAUUCGUCCUGCGAAGCAACUUCAAAACGGAAAACCCUUUCGUCUAGCGGUUUUUCCGUCUUGCGAGGCAUUCGUCUUGCGGGGCACCACUGUAUUUCAAACUAUAUAUGGUUGCUGCCACCUUGUGGCAUUCCUUGAUUCACAGACUAAUUUGGACUACGCUGCCUGCACUCAGUGCAGUUCCUUUAAGUGUGCUUCACUGAGGUGGAAGGAAGACUGGCAUCUGGAAAGACAGAAGAUGGUGCUACAAUUAUUUUUUGUGAGAUAAAAGUUUAGAAUGUUUCAUAAAGAUCAAGUAUUGCUGGGUGAGCAAACCUCUAAUUUUAUUUUUUAUUUUUAUGUUCCCUACACAGCAUUGGGCCAGACGGCUUGAUCAAGGUGAAUGAUUUUACCCAGAAUCCGCGGGUCAGGUUGGAGUAGUUCUCAGUACAUCAUACACUGCUAUGUUGAUAGGAAGAAGACGAAACAGAGGACAGAAUAAGAAUUACAAAUAGGCCAACCUCUCAGUCUCUUUUUUCCCUUUGUGUCCGUUAAUAAACAGUUUGGCAAAGCAACAAAUAAGAAAGAUGGAAACAUAGAUUGAGAAGGUGCCACUGGAGUAGAAUACAGUCUACUGUUAAACUUUCUGGUGCUAUGAUAUACACACGUCCACCCAAAUAAAUAUCAUAGACUACCAAAUAGUAUAAACCUAUUAUAUUAAAUAUAUAUUGAGGUCC